GCAAAUUCUAUGAACUGAACUCCAACAAUGGCGGACCUUUUACUGAGACGUACAUCUUCUUCUUCGUUCCAUGAGUCAUCAUCAACACACAAAUAUGCUCCCAACAACUUUAUUCAUCUUCUGACUCUAAUGUCGCUGUCUCUAGCGGCCUUCGCAUUCAUCUUGCAAUGGCUGGGCGGGUUGCUCGACCCGGUUACCCGUUUUUCCAGUUAUGGUAAUGAACCCUGGCCGGGGUUUUCUCGGCCCGUGAUGUCAUCGCCGGCGUCCUCCGGGUUUGAGGAGAUUUUGGGAGAGAGCAAGAAGAGGCAAUCUUUUCCGUACUUCAGAGACUGGAAGGUCAAGUUUGGGUCUGAUGAUGAUGAAGAUCUUCUUCCCAAGCUGGGACUCAAGAAUAUUCUGUACAAGAGCUCCUCCAUAACAUUCCUCCUGAGGUUGACGCUGUCGUUUUUACUAAUUAUGAAAGCUGUGUAGAAAGAGAUAAUAUCAAGGAACCUUUUACAGAAGUGUCAUUGUUCAAGAAGAACAGUGAUCACCUUCCUAGAGAGACAUAUGCAAAAUAUUUUCGAGAAGUGUCUCACGGAACUUCAAACUACUUCUUGACUUAUGGAAACGGAAAAUCAGCUGCCCGUAUCCAAGACUAUCUUCGCCCUAAUGGUGCUCAUAGAUGGUCAAACUAUCUCAAGACUCCAAUGGAGGUGGAGUUCCACGAGGCUGCAAUUCUACACUACACAUAUUCCAAGUUCUCGGAUUUGACCUCAAGGCGUGAUCGUUGUAAUUGUAAGCUUAGAAAGGAAAAUCUUAACCGUUGCUUCUUUCUUCCAUUUGAUAGAGAUGUAAGUAGCUAGCUUGUAGAGUUUUAUCUUCAUGUUUAAUGUUAGACUAAUAUUUUUUUAGAAAUGACGACAAACAUAUGACCUAAAUAAAUGUAGUGGAAUAUAUAUAUAUAUAUAUAUAUAUAUAUAUAUAUAUUAAUGACUAUGAUAGUAACUUUAGUGACC